AUGAUCCCCUGGAGAGACUGGGAUGAGUGGUACAGGGUCAAGGCCCUGCUGUUUUCUCCCGAUCCCUACCUACGGACUCAAGGUGUGCAGCACGUGGCCGUCUGGCAGAGCCGAGAGAGAAUACCACACGCUGUGGAGACCACGUCCCAGCUCGUGGAGGUUCGGCUCAACGACGUAGGUGCGGCGAAGGGAGGUGGGUUGGCCUUUCACGGCGGUCAAAGGAGUGAGGAGGAACUGCGGCUCAUCUACAGCGCCGUGGUCGUCAGAGCGGUCAACGGCCUUACCGGGCACGAGCAAAAGGCCGCACACGCCGCACCAGUGUCUUCCCUGGCGCGAGAGAUCGGACUGCCGACGUGGAUAGUCGACAUACGACACGAGGCUGCCCACAAGCAGUUGCCCGGCAUUGUCUCCCUUCGGCUCGCGGCGGACUUCCUCGUGGACUACCUCUGGAGGCGUCACUGGAGCCCGCAGGCUGAGCACCUCGGAUUCGUUUGGGGGGCAUUCGACCAGCUCAUCGGCAGAUACAAGGCCACCAGCGAUAGCGAGGCCUUGAUGCCCCGCAGUUCCUCCCCCGGCCACGCCGGUCGCUCAAGCAGCAAGAAAAGGCGGACCUCUCCCUCCGCAUCCGGCGGCGGAUCUUCAUCGAACACAAUUGACGGGGAUUCCAGCUCGAAGCCUCCCGGCACCCCGCGCGGAACGGGCUCAUCAGCGGCAUCGAAACCCGGUGCCGCGGCCAUGGAGGUUGCCGCGCACGAGAUCGCCUUGUCCGCGACGCCGACCGCCCUGUCUUGGGCAGUGGUUGCCCUGCUCGCGGACGGCGGGGGUAGGGUAGGGGGCGGCGAUUGUGUCGGUGGAGUUAGUGGGACCAAGGGGAGGGGGCAAGGGCACCUCCUUCCUCGCUCAAGGGACAAAUACCCGACUCCGGGCACCCCGGGAGUGGACAGCCGACAAGUCAGCCGCCGACUUACCGCGAGGUGCAGUACACUACGAAAGUGCCACAGAUUCAGCACAGUCGGGUCCUAG